CGUCUGGCUGGCUGCGCCGAGCCGCUGCGGGAGCUUCCGGGAACAUCGGGCCGGUCAGCCGAGAUGCUGCUCUUUUGCCCGGGCUGCGGGAACGGGCUAAUCGUAGAGGAGGGGCAGCGCUGCCACCGCUUCGCCUGCAACACCUGCCCCUACGUGCACAACAUCACCCGCAAGGUAACAAAUCGGAAGUACCCAAAGCUGAAAGAAGUGGAUGAUGUGCUCGGUGGAGCAGCUGCUUGGGAGAAUGUCGACUCUACUGCAGAGCCCUGUCCCAAAUGUGAACAUCCUCGUGCCUAUUUCAUGCAGCUUCAGACCCGCUCUGCGGACGAACCAAUGACCACCUUCUACAAGUGCUGCAACACGCAGUGUGGACACCGCUGGAGGGACUAGGGCUAGGCUGGCCCAGCUGCGUCAGCAUCUGCUUCCCCACUUCCCCAGGGUAGAUUCCCAGCUGCGAGCGUGAACCGUGUGUCCUGAGGGUCUUUGCUGGGCUGGCUGGCCAGGGGGUCGGGAAAUGGAGCACAUCUGCUAGUCAGUGGAUUAACUCACUGAUGUCCAGGGAGACUUUGUGUAUGGGGAGGUGUACCCAUAACUGAGUGCCUCUGUUCAAGGUCCUGUUCACCUUUUACAUUUAUCAGGCCAUUGGCAUCCUCUCACCAUGAACCGACACUCUUCAAUACUUAUAAGGUUUGCACAACUAAUAAAGUAAAACAUCAAUUUAGUACA